CUUCUUAAACUUCUCUUAUGUUAAUUGUAAAAGGGUUCUUCUGGAAUUGUAAAAUGUGGUUAAAUUGAAAGAAACAUAAAACUGAGGACCUUGAAUCACUAUUUGUUAUAACAGACGACCACUUCCUAAACAAACAGUGUUAUUUUCUGAAAGUGUGCGUCCAUAUUCAUUAAUUUGCUUUAAAUAUUGACAGUAGUUUAAAAGUCAAAUAUUGAUCUAGGACCAGUUUACAGUUGUAUGUGAUUCAUGUACGGAUUUUUUUUUUCGCUUUUGAAGAAAGCCAUUUUUUCUUUGUCGGUAUGAGUCCUACCUAAAUGAAAAACGUUUGAAAUGCAAGUUAUUUUCUCUUCUUUGACUUUAUUUUUGUUCAUUGUGCGAACAAAUGGAGAAUGUGUUGAUAUUCUUUCUGGGUGCUAUAAGUCUUGUGUGACCAAUGAUGACUGCAGUGUAUCACAGGGCUACUUUUGUCAACAACAGCAAUGUCAAGGGAAGUGCAACCUUAAAGCUGAAGUAAGCAGUAAAAACGCUACCUUGACAUGGACAGAUUUCAAACCUCAGAAUUAUCAGUUCGAGUAUAGUAUUGCUUUCUCAAAAUCUUUGAAGUUACAGCUAAUAAAAUGGACAAAGUUAGAAGUCGGGUCACUUCCGGUUUUCUCACUGUAUGAUCUUACUCCUGGAACCAUUUAUUAUGCUGCUGUUGGAAUAUGGAAAGACAGGAACUUCACGGAAUAUAAAGAAACAAGCGAAAUUAUAUCAUUUCAGACAAUAGAUGCAGAUUUCUGUAUACUUGGAAGAAGAAGACUCAGAGUUGGUGAUAUUCUUACCAAUGACUGUGAGGACAGAUGUGUUUGUCAGAGUACUGGAGAACUUAGAUGUGAACCUAUAUGUAAACAAUACCAAAACCAGGCUCCAGAAACCAAACAUAGCAAUUGUCAUAAUGAGACCAGUCCAGAUGGUUGCUGUACCUACACCAAAUGCUUACCAUUAUUGCAAAUAGGCUCAAAACAAACAUCCAGUAUUCCUAAUCCAGAAGAUUUUGUCAGCAUCAAGAUUCUACAAAAAUCCAGUGAAUGGGUCAAACUGAAUGUUAGUUUUACCCCCCUUCCUGUCAUUAGCUUGGUUCUACUUUACAUAAGACAGACUGAUAAAGAAAACAGUACACUGGAGAUUGAUACAGAGAACUUCAGCAGUAGGCUGUAUCUAAUAGACAGACUCUGGCCGGGACUUCAGUACUCAGUGUGGGCAAAGAUUGUACUGAGUGACAACCAAACUGUCUUCUCUCCUAAAAUCUACUUCAACACAACAGAUGCUGAAACAUCAUCCUGUUUGAAUUGUACUCAGCAUAGGAUUUUACAAAAAACUGUAAACUCCAGUGCAUUCACACCACCCACCUCCCAUACUGGUCUAUACAUUGGUCUGAUUACUGGACUUUUAUCAGCCAUUGCAAUUUUCUGUUCCGUUCAAAUCUUUCUACUUCAGAGAAGAAGGAAUCACCAGAGAUCCAAAAGGGAAACACUGUUCUUUGUGAAUUCAACAUUUGGGAUUAAAAUAAUGGGAAAUGUUCAAACUAUAUCUCGAACAUCCAAUAUUCCUAACCCUAGUUUAGAAUGUGAGACAGAAACAAAAAUGAUUGCAGAAGCAAAUGAAAAUGAUGAUUCACCAGAUAUCCCUGAAUGCAAGGAUAUCGUUGAAUUGUUUGAACCACCUAAAAAUGUUGUCAUAGUGGCUGCCCAAGGACUGGACUUCUCAGCAACCGUUGUUGCUGCUCAAGACAUUCUGCGAUGUGAUUUCUGCUGUGAAGAUGAUGUGGUCGCUGAAAUGUUCUGUAAAACCUGCGCCAUGCGCUUGUGUAGUUCUUGUGUCAGUAAGCACAUAGAGACGUCAUCCGUCUCUUGUCUCCAUGAUAUUGCCAGGUACAAAUCUAACAAAGAUUUCAUGAGACCUAUUUGUGUGUUGCACUUGGAUAAUAAGUGUGAGAUUUUCUGUAAUGAGUGCAAUGGUCCAUUCUGUUCGCAGUGUUUGUCUGAGGGACUACAUAAAAAUCAUGACAUCACCGGAAUUUGUGGUACCUAUGCAUUACUAAGAGAGAAAAUACUGAGGGACACUGCUUACUUGGAAAAAAAUAUGAUCCCAGAAUAUGAGAAGAACGGGUCCCAAAUGAUCAAAAGAAUUGAAGAAUCAACAAAGAAAUAUGAGGAUACAGCAAACACCAUGUGUCAGAUAGGUCUUGAAUGGCACAAGCACUUAGAAUUUGCAAUAGUGCACCACAAAGAAGAGAUUCAGAAGAUGAAAGAAAAAGAUCUCGAAACCCUAAAUCAGUGCCAUGCAUCCCUGUCGGUUCCAUUGGCAGACAUCAAAGGAACUAUUGAAGAGAAUAGACAAAUCAUAAAUUCUCUUGACUUUAACAGACUUUUUGCAUACAGAUCUUCUGUUGAAAAUUUUAGAAAAAUUCCCCCUUUGGCUGAAAUCAAUCCUGGAAAUUUUGAACAACACACAACACUGCUUCAUCAACUUGUUGAACUUAUUGGCAAGUUAGGAAAUUCUAAAACAAUUAAUAUCCCUGGAUAUACAAUCAAGAUUCACAAAAAUCCAGUUCUACUGGCCUCUUUUCAGAGCAAAUACCGAAAAGGGGUCAGAAGACUGAGGUGCCAUGGAGAAAAGACUGUAUGGAUGUGUGGAUUUUAUGACCGUCUUCUGAAAUUUGUUGACCUUCAGGGUACAAUGAUUCAGAAAGUUAUCUCCAGGCAAGUUCCUGUAUGCAUGACGAUAACCAGCCAGCGUGAAUUGAUUUAUCUCGAAGAUCACAGUGUAAAUACCAUCAAGGAUGGUGAAUGUGUGUGUCUGUUCCGAGUCCAAGACUGGAAUCUAAGAUCCAUAUGUAGCACAGUGUGCAAUCAAUUGCUUAUUGGUAUGACAAAUUCGAGUAAAACUGAAGGAAAGGUUGUUCGAUACGCUGGAACCAAACUCAUAUCUGAAAUUCAGCAAGAUUCUGAUGGCAACAUCUUAUUUCGCUUGCCCUAUUUCUUGGCCGAAAACAGAAACCUUGAUAUUUGUGUCACAGAGGUCACCUUGCAAAAGGUGUUGGUGACAGACAAGACUGGGAGCUUACGAUUCACCUACAGUGGAAAUAGUGCAGUGAAAAACACAUUUAAACCAAUGGAUCUUGCCUCUGACAGCAAGAGUCAAAUUCUGGUUGCAGACAGAUCUAAUAACUGUAUUCAUAUCAUUGAUCAAGAUGGACACUUUGUGAAGAUAAUUGACAGUUUUGGUUUGAAGGAGCCUUUCAGUAUCAGUGUGUCUGCUAAGGAUGAUCUCUGGGUUGGGGAGGGUAGCUCUGGUAUGGUCAAAGUCAUUAAAUAUAUGGAGGAGUGAAUCUUGAACCAGUGUCUUAAAAACUGAAUAAAUAUUUAAAAUAUCAUCUAUGUAUCUUCAGAUACAUAAUAAAUAGAGAUAUAUUGGUGGGGAAGAGAGCUAAAAGGGGGUGGGGGAUUUUUUCCCUUCAAAAUCA